CCAGUGUCCCUCCCUCAGCACUGCCAGCAGCACCUGUCCCCACGCUGUCCCUGCCCUCUCUCCUGCAGGCACCUGCCUGCGCCUGUACUCGGAGGCCUUUGAGCAGCGCAUGCCCCCCAGCCCUGCACCCCAGGUCAGUGAGACCAGCCUGAGCCGCCUGGUGCUGCUGCUGAAGCGCCUGGACAUCGCUGACAUGGGCCAGUGUGACUUCCUUGACCGCCCAGCCCCUGAGUCGCUGAUGCAAGCUCUGGAGGACCUGGACUACCUGGCAGCCCUGGAUGAUGAUGGGAAUCUGUCGGAGGUUGGGAUCAUCAUGUCAGAGUUCCCCCUGGACCCGCAGCUGGCCAAGGCCCUCAUUGCCUCUUGCGAGUUUGACUGCGUGGAGGAGAUGGUCAGCCUGGCUGCCAUGCUCACAGCAUCGCCCUGCUUCGUGCCCCUGUCCACAUACCUGGAGGAGGCUGUGGCGCUGCGCCGGCGGGCGCUGCUGCACCCCAACGGGGACCACUUCACCCUCAUCAACAUCUUCAAUGCCUUCCAGCAGCGUGAGUGGGGCAGGGGCUGGGGGGCUUCACCCCUGUGGGCAUCCCACAGAUGCCUCUGUGUCCCCUGUUGUGUCCUCAUGUGUCCCUGCCCUGGAGCUACAUUCUUGAUGCCAUCCUAGUGCCCAGCCUGGCUGGGGAGGAUCUGCGGGUCCCAGCUCUAGCCUGGGGGCUCAGUCCCUGUCACCACUGGGUGAAGGGGUCACAGACAGGGGAACAGCAGUGUUUUUGUGUUCCCCAAGGCCCCACCCCAGCGGGCUCCCUGCUCACCUGUCCCCACCCCAUGGCACCACUGUCCUGUCUCCAUAUGAUGGCCCCCACUG